UUUAAAAAUAUUCAAAUUACACUGGUUUGAACUUUGUAAGUAAGAUUAAGUCUGACUGAUGUCAUCCCUUAGAUUCUGCUUCACUUCUCUUACAAUAUGCUCUCCCCGCACUCUCUUGGCCAUUCCCCCUCAAAGGAUCAACACCUUUUGUUGCUGCGCGAAACCCUCUAGGCAAAAUGACUUCAUUUCUGAGGCCAAUGCCCUUCAAUCUUCUCCUCCUUCUGCUUCGCCAAAACAUUCUCCUUUUUUUGGAAUGGAUGAUACUUUGGUGAGCUAUCUGUGUGGCAAGAAGAAGGCAACAGACCUUGCUCACAUGGUAUGGAAACAUGUUGUCCAGAAGGGAGACACAGUCCUAGAUGCCACUUGCGGCAACGGCUUUGACACCUUGGCAAUGCUCAACUUGGUUGCUGAUGAUUCUCGAAAAGGUUAUGUAUUUGCAUUGGAUAUUCAGAAAGAUGCUUUAGAUAGUACUUCUAUCUUGCUUGAAGAAUCACUAAAUCUGGAUGAGAGACAACUUGUCAAGCUAGUCAACAUCUGUCAUAGUAAAAUGGAAGAAGUGGUUCCAAGGAAUGCCUUGGUUAGGCUUGUUGCCUUCAACUUGGGUUAUCUUCCUGGUGGCAAAAAAGAAAUAAUAACAAGGCCAGAAACAACUUUUCUGGCACUGGAAGCUGCAGAGAGAAUUCUAAUGCCAGGAGGGCUUAUCAGUAUUGUGGUUUAUGUUGGGCACCCUGGUGGACGAAAGAAAGCCUUGGAGCAACAAAUAAGUUGUCUCCGUGUGACCUUAAAGUCACAUGUUCAUGCAGUGGAAACAAUCAUUGAUGUAAUUAUCAGGGAGGAAUUGGAGGCUGUUGAAACUUUUGCUGCGAGAAUGCCUGUUGAGAAUUGGAUCUGCUGCAAGCUCCGAAUGGUAAACCGACCGUGUGCUCCUGUACCAAUUUUUUUAUUCCGAAGAUAAUUUGAAUAUCUCAUGAUUUCUUGAAAGGUUCAGUCAUGGACAUUUAUUUGAGUAUUGCUGUAUAAACACUCGAGUUUGACCGUCAAAA